AUGAUGGACGAAAGUGCCCAUAUUCAGGCGUCAGUUUGUCAACGCAAAUGGACUGCAACAUGCGCAAGCGCGAUUCCAUCCGGUCGAGAUGAAACGGAGCACAACGUCAGUGCCACCUCGACUUCAGCUCUAAAACUGUACAUGUCGUGUCAGCUAUGGCUGCUUGACGAGCCACUGGCAACGGUUUUGUUGCCAAGUCAGAAUGCUGAUUUGCUAAAAAACAACAACAAGAAGUCUAAGAGAGCGCCACUCUGGUGCCUUCUGGCCAGUUUGACUGUCCUAGAGACGGAAGCAGACGACUUGGGAAGCAGCCGGUUCAGCAGGGCUUGA